AUGAGUCUAUGUAAGCAAACUCCCAGUGACUUCCUAAAGCAAAUCAUAGGAAGACCAGUUGUGGUAAAGUUAAUUCUGGAGUUGAUUACAGAGGGUGUCCUGGCUUGCCUGGAUGGCUACAUGAAUAUAGCUCUGGAACAAACAGAAGAAUACAUAAACGGACAGCUAAAGAAUAAGUAUGGGGAUGCAUUUAUUCCAGAAAACAAUGUGUUAUAUAUAAGUACACAGAAGAAAAGAAUGUGA